AAAAUUGAAAGUAUUUCAUAUGUAAUAUGUGUUUUCCCUUUUUGUCUUUCUAGCCGUGUGGUUUUGCCAUGUUCUGUCCAGGAGUAUCAAGUUGGGCAGCUUUACUCUGUCGCAGAAGCUAGUAAGAAUGAAACUGGCGGUGGAGAAGGGAUUGAAGUUUUGAAGAAUGAACCUUAUGAGAAGGAUGGAGAAAAAGGACAGUAUACACACAAAAUUUAUCACCUAAAGAGUAAAGUUCCAGCAUUUGUGAGAAUGAUUGCUCCCGAGGGCUCCUUGGUGUUUCACGAAAAAGCCUGGAACGCAUACCCCUACUGUAGAACAAUUGUAACGAACGAAUAUAUGAAAGACGACUUCUUCAUUAAAAUUGAAACAUGGCACAAACCAGACUUGGGAACUUUAGAAAACGUGCAUGGUUUAGACCCCAGUACUUGGAAAACGGUUGAAAUCGUCCACAUAGACAUUGCAGAUCGGAGUCAAGUUGAACCAGCAGAUUACAAAGCUGACGAAGACCCAGCAUUGUUCCAGUCAGUCAAGACCCAGAGAGGCCCUUUGGGACCCAACUGGAAGAAGGAGCUGGCAAACCACCCAGACGGCCCUCAGAUGUGUGCCUAUAAGCUGGUGACCAUCAAAUUCAAGUGGUGGGGCCUGCAGAGCAAAGUCGAAAACUUCAUUCAGAAGCAAGAAAAGAGGAUAUUUACAAACUUCCAUCGCCAGCUCUUUUGUUGGAUUGACAAGUGGAUUGACCUGACCAUGGAAGACAUUAGGAGAAUGGAAGAUGAAACUCAGAAAGAACUAGAAACGAUGCGUAAGAAGGGUUCCGUCCGAGGCACGUCGGCUGCUGAUGUCUAGAUGAGUCCCCUGUAGGUCAGAGACAAUAUCCAACUGUUUACGUAAUCAAGGUCAAGUGAGGGGAACAAGUGCAGCCAGUGAUGAGUGAAGACGAAUCUGACCAGCUUCUUGCAGUGUCGACGUUCCCUAGCCACGUGCUUGUGGUUCUGUACACACGCCCAGGCCCUCCACUAUGUGUGUGCAUAUGUGUGUGUGUGUAUUAACUGUAGCUGUAUAUACAAUGCACGUAGAGCUACAGAGCCAGCUACACACGCUUGUGUAUAUAUAUAUAUGUACAUACAGACCCACUGAGGGAUUAGGAUGAUGUUUCCAAAGUACUGUACCUAUCUUUGGCCAGAAUGCAAAAGAAAAUAUUUUCAAUAUAUAUACCUGGAACAGAUUUUAAUGAUUAUCAGAGUAAUACCAUUAAUGGACAAAUUGACUGCAAUGUAAAACUAGCUGGUUUGUUUCACAAGUGUGAGUUGUGGACCAAUAUAUAUAUAUAUAUAGCCUUAUAUUAUUUUUCUGUUCUUUUAAAUCAGUCUCUUAGAAAUUGUUAUUUUAGACCCAACAGCAAGUAGGACCCCUACACCCCCCACACCCCCCAAAGGAUGUAUUCUAAAUUUUUUGCUAGUCCAGUAAAUUUGGAAUGUAAACUUGAAAUAUUUAUAACUAUUUAUUUCUGGUUGGUCCUUACCUUAUAGCCAAAUUUGACAGUAUCUAAGAGGAAGGAGUAAAUUUCCAUGCCAACUUUGUACUUGUUUGUCCUGGAGGGGGAGGGGUGGGGGAAUCCUUAAAAACAAAAGAACUCCAGUUUUUAUUGGAUUUUUGUAUUUUAAAUUCAAGUAUUUUUCUACAUCAAACCUAGCAAAAGGAGAUGAAAGUUUGUGAUUAUUAAUAAACACUAGACAAUUUCAGGCCCUGUUACAUGGAGAACGUACUCUUCGGUGCAUUGCAGGCGGGGGCAGAGAUUAGAUGGACAAUGCUCUCCGGGGGCCUGUUGCUGAAACGACUGGCUUUGGAAAUUGUAGUUUGGAAACUAUGCAAAUGGCCAAGAUUCUUUGCAGCUUACGUGAUAGGAUCUAUAGGGGUGAUGCUUCAUUCUUUUCAUGUUGGGGUUGUACUUUUAGAGGAGAUGCUGACUUUGAGAUAGGAAGAACUUGAGACACACAGCCAGAGGCUGGCCUGUAGCCAGGAUAAGAGGCCCUACCGGCUGCACUGUCCCUCCCUUCUGCUGCACCACAAGGAGGAUGGCCACGGGAUCCUUCCCUGAUCCGUGCUGGUGAGACGCCCCUACCACCACCUCCUUUAUUUGUAGAGCAGGAGCAAUAGCCAGGUGAGAUGUGUCUACUUUUUCUAUGCGGCCCCAGCUUUUACCCCUGUCAGCCCCAGAAGCUUGAGUAGAAGGAUUCAGUUGAAGCCUUCAGGCCACAGAUGUCUCCUUUAGUCUGGUCCCACCCGAGACACUGGAGUCAAAUGGCAUUGGCAAUCUGAUAUGCUGACAACCCCCGCCUGACCCUCCCCCGCCUCGCCGCCUCGUGUCUCCUGCCCCUCUGACACAUGAUGGCAGUGACUUGGACCUGGAGGUGUGGGGUUGCUGCCACCCUGAGGGGCCUGUUCGCUGCAGCAGCAAAACCACGUUCCCAGUGUCCUCAGGGUGGAGACUGGCACUUACUGUGGGCACUGCUGUAAGAUAGGUUAUGUCACUGCAUAGUCACUGUCUGCAGUGUGGUGUGAGGAGCAUGACUGCUAACUUUGUGAAGUAAGGAGUCGAGUCCUCUUCAUAAAUGUCAUCACCCUCACUGACCUCUGCGGCAUUGCUGGGAGCCCAGGCUUUCCUAACAACUGUGGAGUUGAGAGGAAAUGUUUGGUGAAUGUAAAAUACCUAGUUUACUUGGCAGUCUCUUGUGUAAAUUACAGUAAAACAAAGUAAAUGAAAUUUAAACAAAAUAAAUUUGAUCACAAAAUA